UAUUACAAGCAUUGCAGUCGCAGCACAAUUUACGGAAAAGAGGCACAAGCACUUCAUUCCUGGCACUUUUCAGACGCAGUCGUUGUAGAUUUAGACAUCAGCCAUGGGGAAAUUUCCGUACGAUAUUCCAGAUUGGAAUAAAUGGAAAGUGGAGGACGUUCCAGAGCUCAAGGAGAUUCAAGAUAGGCUCGCCAGGAGGGGAUUGAGAGAUCCUUGGUUGAGAAAUGAAGUAUGGCGUUAUCAACACUACAUGCCGGGAGUUCCCUGGUACAAAAUAAUCUUCAAGGGCUUUAAGUGGGGUGCUGGAGCAUUCGUCAUUGCCGUAGGAAUUGAGAAGCUCCUGCGGAAAGAGGACAGCCAUGAUCAUGGAAGUGGACAUCACUGAUGGAUGUUUGUCAAGGGAGAGAUUGGAGUGGCUGUGUGUUUAAAAGAAUGAUUGUGACAUUUGUUUUGGGAGAGGUUCUGGACAACCGAAACAAGACCAGUUCCAUCUCCAGAAUAUUGAAUUGACUGCAGAAUUGGCUAGAUUUCAGCAAAACUUACAACGUUGAUCAGACAAUUUUGCAGCUUGAGAGGUAUUUUGCACGAGAAGGCAGAAAGUUGAGCAGAAAGACAACCAUCUUCGACUUACGAGCAACCAAGCUGUAGAGAGUACCACUUUAAAAACAAUUCCUGUGCACUCAUUCUCAACAUAAAUGGAUACAUAUGUAUCCUGCUCAGUACAUCCACACUCGGGAUUAAGUCAUUGCUGCUACCCCAUGUCUGACAAAAUCCAACAUCUCGGCCCAAGUUUGCAGAGCUACCGAGCCAAAAUACUGCAAAGCCAAUUUUUGUGUUUAACUGAAACCAGUCACAAAAAAAAAUCAUUUACAUGGCAGUCUGGCUUGUAACCUUAUUUAGCUAAGCAAGCAUUUCCACUGUGCGGUGAAUUUUGGUGCCUUGAAGAUCCAUGAAAUCAGCACCUAGUUUUGCAGUGUUAUGAUAGAUCUAGAACUGAGAAAAGCUAUAGUUAGAGUUUGAUGGGUUCUGGAAAUGCAGGGUAUUUCUUGCACCAGCAUCAUAAGUGACCCAGCAUUGGGGUGUCAAAAAAGGCUGUGUUGCUGGUUCAGACGUGCAGGAAGUCCCCAUUAAAACUAUGCUUUAGUGGUGUUCCAGAUUCUUCUCCACAUACAGUGUUUAUGGCCUGCAGUCAACUACCAUGAAAGGGGCAUAAAUGAAAGACAUAAGCAAAGUACAGUCCACUCUUCAUGUAGCGUGGGUAGGAGUGGAUUGUGGGAAAUGACCAGGCAGUGUGGCUCAACAAUGAACCUGUUUUGUUUUCAACAAAAGACAAGGUCAUUCGAGAAAAGAGCAUGCAUGCGAGUUGGCAUAUGGUCAUACUGAUGGGGCAGACUUCACAUGCACGUAUGCCUGCUCCUGAUGGACUUCAGGCGGGUUUAAUAUUGGGCAUGCAGUGUCGGAAUACAUGCAUGCAUACUUGCUUGAAGCGACACAACAGGCAGCCGCUGUCAUAGAACUGCUUAGCCUAUAAAAUAGUUGCUUCACAGUCAAUACCAGUUAAUCAGCUCACAAGUCAUUGCAGAUUGCUUGACCGGUUCCAAGCUGAUUUUGCUCAGCAAGAAAAGGCAUUUGUAGUAAAUACCUGCUGAGGAGUGCCACAAGCCUGGGCAAUAUUAGGCCCAGGUCCAACCUUACCUUAGAGUGCUGUCCAUGCUUUCACUUAUAAUUCUAAAUACUUCCCAGGUGCUGUUUUUACCUACAUGUACCUCAUCUACAUGAACAUGUAUACUAAAAGAGUUACGUUCUUGAAAAGUGAGACUUCUGCACAAAUGCAUUGGAAGACUUCAAUUGUAGUUAACAAAUGUGUGUGGUCACUGAAUUUCUGUAAUACAUAAUCCUCUUCCUCCCUCUUGUACUUCAGUUCAAAGCACGUUUGUAACAUUUUUAUUUAAAAUGGACUUUUGCAAAAUGUUAAUGAAUUGUAAUUGCUGGUCAGUUUUGCAGGAGAUUGCAUGAACCCUGGGUUACAUUGUAGAUAUGAAUAAAGUUACUUGCUGAGAUUUGACCA